AGGUACAGAGCGCUGUCACAAAAAGAGUAUCUUUUAAAAAAGGUCUGCUAAGAAUCUUGUUGUUGGAUUAUCUUAUCUGCGACUGUUUCAUAGACUGCCACGAGUUUACUUAUGUCAUACCGCAAUUUACACACGAAAACGAUUUACUUAUUGCAUGUUUAAUUAAAAUUCUCGCUCUGACAUUGCGUAGAGAGGCGGAAUGAUUGCUGCAACAUUGAUCGGUUCCGUUAUCGCGUUUGGUGACAUCAUACAAUGCUUAUUCAUAUUUAUUCAUACGAAAGAGGUCUAAGUUUAUUUUAAAUAGUCGUUGUAGCUCGUUGUUCUAUCAGUGAACAAAUAAACGUUUGAUUGUUCGGUAUCCAUAUAGUUCCUCGUCGCAUCAGUCAAAUUUCAUAAUUCCGAUAAUACGAUUUUGAUGACUUUCGCUGCUUUCCUUGCAUGUGUAUAACAAAAUUUAUCAAAUCGCAAUUACGAAUGUAUGAAAUAUGAAUUGAUAUUGAUUUUUUAUUCUGCCUGUUCACAGGCUGUUCACAGUUGAAUUGUUUCGCUAAGCAAUACAGAGACCAAGCGUAGCAUGAAAAAACAUGAUACUGUUUAAUAACACGUUACGUAGAUGUAAUACCCUUCCAUCAUCAUUUUUGUAAUCGGAACCCCGAUCGAGUAUCGAAACUGGAAUCUUGUGUAAGGUCGCAUUUGAUCCGAAUCGGUUUGACGCGGAAUGCAAUGUAGAUGUAUUAACAGGUGCUUCGCGUUUUCCUUCGCCUCAUCACGUACGCGAAAUCGCUCGGUGUAAUAGCGUGUGAUCCAACUGUAAUAAUACAUGGUAAUUUCGUUAUGAAACUUUUUUAAAAAUAUAUACGUUUUCUUUAGAAACAGAUUUAUCUAAACUAGAAAAAAUAAAACGACGUUUUGUAGAUAGGACAAACUUAUCGAGAAUAAUAACACAUAUUUGAAAAAUUCGUGGAAUUUCUUUCGAGUGAUAUAAAAUAAUGCGAAAGUUUAAAGAUAUGUGGAAAUACAACGUGCUAAUAGAGGUGCCUUCCUUUGGGUAAGUUAUCAUCCAAGAAUGCAAGAUUUUUCAAAGAUCUCCACGUUUUUGAUUGAUAUUUGUCAAUGAAACGAAUCUCGCUAAUUAUCAGAUUUUUUUUAAUUGUCACAUUAUCAUAGUCAAAUGCAUUUUCUUAGACGAUGUAUAUCAAUAGCAGUAUCUAACGCACUGUAAUUUAAAGUGCAUUCAAUCUUAAAUGGUGGUAAGAUGAGAUUAAUUCUUGUGACCAUUCUCACUUUAUGAAACUCGAGCAUAUUGCAUUGUGAUACUUGACGUCUCCAGACAAACAACGCACGUGGCAGUAUGUCGAGUCGCGGCUUAAUAACUAUUAAGCGAGAUCAUGCGACGUGAUCAUAAUAGCAAUAUAACUUUGUUAGUUAUUAAAUUGUGUAUUGCUCAGAUAAAGGAUCGAUUAAAGAUAAUACUGGAAAAUUAAAUUCUUAUGAAGAUAGAUAACAUGUUCGAUAAGAUUUUCAGCAAUAAGAGAUCAAUUGCAAAUUAGUCAAGUAUAUUUAUUUAUUUAGUCUUAAAAUUUAUUGCAUUAUUCUUCACAAACAGUCGGUAUUUGACUUUUAAAACGUUUCCUGUUUUGCUAGAGGUGUUUAUCACAUAUUUAAUCCCUGAAAAUACACGAAAUAAAUCGUGCGUACGUCAUUAACAGAUUCUACGAAAGAACUUUACGCAGAAGAGCUAAAGUACUUUCAUUAUUUCUUAAAUUUAAUGUUUAAAAUUCAACCACAAUUUAUAAAUUAUAUUUUUGAUGUAUCUUGCUUUCUCUCUGCAACAUCAGACAAUUAUCAAUUUAUUUAAUUAAUUAUUUAUUUAAUUCAUUUAAUUAAUGACCUACCUUUUUCUCUCGACGAAUUAAUAUUCGUGAGAUGAUAAUUUCCUAUUAAAACUAUGCAAGUUAAUUAGAGAUGAGGAAUAUAACGAAGCCAUUUAUCGAGUUAUUUGCAUUACGUUAUCUCAGACUUCCUUCUUGCUACACGUAAGCUAAUACGUAAACUAAUAAAUUAGCUAGUUGAGUCUUACUAUGGCUUCAACAGAAUUUAGAAUGUUGAUUCUACCUCGCAUUGCCUCAUAUUUGAAACGUGAUAGGUACCCGAUCCGACCAGAUAUACUUUAUUACUUCAAAAUAUAAAUAAAAAAUUUUAUACCAGUAUUUCAAGUUAUCUUGCAUUACCGAAAUAAACACUUCUUUUUUUCUCUUUCUCUCUCCAUCACGCAUGUUACGACUAGCACAAAGUCCCGUUCAUUCUCGCAAGGAAGGUUCCACGAUCUGGAGCACGCCUUUCUCUCUUUCGCUCGAGUUACUUGUCUCGGGUAGUCGAUCCAAGUAGUCGGAACUACCUGGACCUCCCGGUAUUCACUCUCGGUUUAUACUCGUUGAAACACGUAUCGUUUUCAUAUAUCGUGCAACGUAUUUUAUCUGCAUUUCUCUGGAUAGAAAACUAUUCUCUGUGCGCGAUUCUUGUAAAGUGUUGCACUUAUGAUAGUCACAAUGGUUCUAAGAAGUUGAAGUAAUGCUUCAUCGUCGGACUCCGUGCUUUUUUAGACUUGCGGAAGAGUCGCGAUGAUUGCUUCAGUAAAUUAUCGCUGGUCGUGGUCGCACGAGGUUCCUGCCGCAGGUUUAGUGAUGUAUCUGUAACGUUAUUUUGAUCGCGUUACUUCUUGAAAUUAUCGGUACUCGGGUACUCGGAAAUCGCAAAGAGAGCAAUGUAAAUCCGCGAUAACGCAUGAUACGUGCAUAAAAUACGUGCAUAACCGUGUGGCGUGUCGUAUUGCUUAAUGCGACGCGAGAUGACAAAGUUUGGGGGUCCAUUAGUUCAUCGGGUGAAGUUGGUAUAUCGCAAUCUCACGGACACUCCGACGCCGAAUAUGCACCACUCGAUAUCGUACGAAAACGUGAGACUGCUCGGGGAUGGCGACGAUGACACCGACUACGAAGGUACCACGCACCUGGUGCGCGUUCCACGGGCACCAGAAGUGCGGCAGCUUGCGGAAGAGAUCAGCACGGUUAAAAUCGGCAUUGAGGGUAUGACCUGCCAGAGUUGCGUGAGAAAUAUCGAGGGGAUGAUCGGCGAGCGGCCCGACGUCGUUAACAUCAGAGUGGUGCUGGAGGAGCAGGCCGGUUACAUCGAGUAUAAGACGUACGAGACCACACCGCAGGAAUUGGCGGAAGCGAUCGAGGACAUGGGGUUCACUGCCAGCCUACCGACGUCCAACGACGCAACGAGCGAAGUCUCGGAUCUCUCGAUAGUACCUGCCAUCAGUACCUGUAGCAUACACGUAGACGGAAUGACCUGUUCAUCGUGCGUCAAAAAUAUCACCGGUACUCUGUCCGAAAAACCCGGCAUAAAGGACGUGGAUGUUAGCCUGGAAGGUAAAGAAGCCAAAGUUUCAUACAGCAGCAGUGAGGUAACGGCCGAGCAGAUAGCGAUGUACAUAGAAGACAUGGGCUUUACUGCGUACGUAAAAGAGGUGAACAACAAAGUUGUGAGACCGCAGUCGGAUACGAAUAACAAGAAGAAAAUGGAAGUAGCAUUGCAAGCGAACGGUGCCGGUGAUGUGAAGGAACAAUUAUCCAAGUGCUUCCUGCACAUAACAGGUAUGACUUGCGCUUCCUGCGUCGCCGCUAUAGAAAAGCAUUGUAAAAAGUUGUACGGGGUGAACAGCAUACUAGUGGCAUUGAUGGCUGCCAAGGCGGAGGUUACAUACGACUCGAGCAAGAUAAGAGCGCUGGAUAUCGCUUCCAGUAUAACAGAAUUGGGUUUUCCAACAACUUUAAUCGAGGAGUCCGAAACCGGAGAAGGACAGGUGGAGUUAAAAAUCAUGGGGAUGACAUGCGCGUCGUGCGUGAAUAAAAUAGAGUCGACCGUAAAGAAGUUACCCGGUAUACGAUCAGCGGUGGUCGCCCUGGCGACGCAACGGGGAAAGUUCACGUACGACGUGGAAAACACUGGCGUCAGAGAUAUCGUCGAGAGUAUCAAUAAAUUAGGUUUCACCGCAAGCCUAUUCAGCAACCGAGAUAAAGAGAACAGAGACUACUUAGAUCAGAAGGAAGAGAUAAGAAAAUGGCGAUCGGCGUUUCUGCUGUCACUGAUCUUUGGUGUUCCGUGCAUGAUAGCCAUGACGUAUUUCAUGGUGGUCAUGUCCGUCGGUGACAAAUCUCACGAGGAUAUGUGCUGCGUGAUACCCGGUCUCUCUUGGGAGAACUUGAUACUCUUUGUAUUCUCCACACCAGUACAGUUCUUUGGCGGCUGGCAUUUCUACGUGCAAGCCUACAAGGCUCUCAAGCACCGCACGACCAACAUGGAUGUUCUAAUCUCGAUGACUACCACGAUCUCGUAUCUCUAUUCCAUCGCCGUGCUGAGCGCCGCAAUGAUAAUGGAGGAGAAUGUCAGUCCGCAAACGUUCUUCGAUACUCCACCAAUGCUCCUAGUGUUCAUCAGCUUGGGAAGAUGGCUCGAGCAUGUGGCAAAGGGAAAAACGUCAGAAGCUCUCUCGAAGUUGCUGUCCCUGAAAGCCACGGAUGCGGUGCUGGUCUCGCUGGGUCCUAACAACGAGAUACUCUCCGAGCGCUUGAUAAGCAUCGACCUGGUGCAACGCGGCGACACACUGAAAGUGGUCCAGGGGGCCAAAGUGCCGGUCGACGGGCGCGUUCUGUCCGGUCAGUCGACUUGCGAUGAGAGUCUGAUUACGGGUGAGAGUAUGCCGGUGGCAAAGAAGAAGGGCUCGGUAGUGAUCGGCGGCUCGAUCAAUCAGAACGGGCCGUUGCUGAUCACCGCCACGCACACGGGCGAGCACACGACGCUCGCGCAGAUCGUGCGCUUAGUGGAGGAGGCGCAGACGAACAAGGCGCCUAUUCAGCAGCUGGCGGACAAGAUAGCCGGAUAUUUUAUACCGCUAGUCAUAGGAGUUUCCACGGUGACGCUGUUCAUCUGGAUUAUCGUCGGCUACGUGAAUAUUCAGCAGCUGCCGAUAUCACACGGCGAUCAAAUCAACAAGCACGGCAUGAACCGCGAGGAGAUUAUAUUCCAGUAUGCCUUCCGAAGUGCACUGGCGGUGCUCGCGAUCGCUUGCCCCUGCGCGCUGGGCCUGGCGACGCCGACCGCGGUUAUGGUCGGCACCGGAGUGGGCGCGAUCAACGGUAUCCUGAUCAAGGGUGCCGAGCCGCUGGAGAAUGCGCACAAAAUUAAAUCCAUCGUCUUCGACAAGACGGGAACGCUAACGCACGGCACACCAAUCGUCACUAAGAUCAGCCUCUUCGUGGACGAGAAGAUCUGCUCGCUGGCGAAGUUGCUGUUGAUUGUCUGCACGGCAGAAAUAAACAGCGAGCAUCCCAUCGCAUCAGCGAUUGUACGUUACGUGAAAGACACUAUCGGAUCGGAAGCCACCGGACAGUGCACGAACUUCCAAGCGGUCGCCGGCUGCGGUCUCAAGUGCAAGGUGUCUCACUUGAAUGCCGUUCUGUCUGACGCACUCAAGUCGGAGACGAUCGUCAACUACAUAAAUCAAACGAACAGAGCACCGGCUGGGAUGUACAAUCUCAACAAUGUGCCCAUCGACAAUGUGCCGAUCGCUGGGUCGACGCAGGAGAGGCAAAACUUAGAUCUGCAAUUACUGUUAAGUCCGGACUCACAAUAUGGUGAUCACGAUGCCGUCAACGACGUGUACGAGGUCUGCAUUGGCAACAGAGAAUGGAUGCGUCGAAACGGGAUCGGCAUCCCGCAGGAGGUGGAUACGAGGAUGGGCAGCGAGGAGGAUCUCGGACACACCGCCGUCCUAGCCGCCGUCAACAACGUUCUAGUCGCCAUGAUUAGCGUUGCUGACACCGUGAAGCCCGAGGCGCACCUCGCAGUCUAUACUUUGAAGAAGAUGGGACUGGAAGUGAUCCUCUUGACGGGCGAUAAUAGGAAAACCGCAGCUUCAAUUGCCAGACAGGUCGGCAUCAGCAAAGUCUUCGCGGAAGUGUUGCCAUCGCAUAAGGUAGCUAAGAUUCAGCGGCUGCAGGAUCAAGGCCUAAGAGUCGCCAUGGUAGGAGACGGCGUUAACGACAGUCCGGCACUCGCACAAUCGGACGUCGGUAUUGCCAUUGCGUCGGGCACGGACGUUGCCGUGGAAGCUGCUGAUGUGGUUCUGAUGCGCAACGACCUUCUGGAUGUAAUCGCGUGUCUAGAUCUGUCACGGAAAACAGUCCGCAGGAUAAGAAUGAAUUUCUUGUUUGCCAGUGUCUAUAAUCUUGUGGGCAUUCCCAUAGCCGCCGGGAUAUUCAGCUCGCUCGGCUUCUUCCUGCAACCAUGGAUGUCUUCUGCCGCCAUGGCGCUAAGUUCAGUGUCAGUGGUAGGAAGUUCUCUAUUAUUGAAGCUUUACCGUAAGCCGACGAAAGCUACGUUGGAGACUUUGGAGUAUUUAGCAGCCAUGAACGCAAAUUCCACGAUGAUGAAUUUAGACACAAUAUCGAUUCAUCGUGGACUCGACGAUUCGGUCAUGAACAGGUCGACGUCCACACUAUCCAGAUUAUUUGGAAAAUCAAAACUCGAUGUGGAGAGCCAUCUUCUCGGCGAGGAAAUAGACGAAAUUGAUUUAGCCGUAGAUUUUGCGAAUUAUCGUAAGAAUGCAAAGGAUCCUAUGGAUAUAACUCCUGUAUGAAUCUUUGAAACCACAUGUGAUGAAAAUUUUUCUUCUGUUAACUUGUCUCUCACUUAUACUUUUAGUAUUAUAUCUCUUACAAUAAAGUUAACAGAAGAAACUGUAAAUAAUUAAGCAUUAAUUCUGUAACAAUACUCGUACCUUUUAUCUGCCACAUUCAAAAUACACUUCAUCAGAAGUAUAGUGCCAAUAAUCUAUACGAGAGUUUGUUGUUUCGCGUUAUCUCAAAUGAUUCUUUAUAUUCAAAUGCAAUGACUGACCAACAUGUUUUUAAGUAGAUUUUGUAUAUUAUAAAUGCAUAAUGUGAUGUUUAAUUAAGAAUUUAUUGAUAAUAGGAUAACAAUUCUUACUCCAGACGUAUACAAGUCUUACCAGUACUUUUCCACGCAUUAUGCAGAUGUACUUAAUUUAUAUAAUAGGCGAGAAAAAUCACAUUUGGUUGAAAUAUAUUUUCUUAUUUGUAUUAUACAUUAUAUUAUAUAUAAUACAACAUAUUUAUUAUAAAAAUGUGCAUAUAUUUCUUGUCAAUCUUGAAACUUUAAAACAACAUAAAGCAAACAUAACAGUAAUAUAAUUACAUUUUAUAUAAAAUAUACAAAAGAGAAAAUAAUCAUAGAAAACAUUUGCAAAUAUAGUAUCGCAUUAUCGCUAUUUUAAUUGGUCUUAAUUUUGAAUUAUAUAUUUUAUAAUAUUAUCUCCUAGAAGUUUCAUAUUUUUAUUAAAUUCUCAUUCUAUCGACUGAAAGUAAAACACGUGAUCUGUUUAUAUAUUGCAAAUGAUAUUGCACAUAUGAGAUAAAAAAAUGCUAUGUUGUAAUUAUAGCAUUUACAUUCAACAAAAAAA